AUGAAGCCUCAAAGUCUGCAGAGCUUCACUGCUCAAUUUGGAAGGCUUUCAUUAGCUUCCAACACAGUUCGACCUCUUGGUCCGAUUUUAGCUCAAGCAUCAGCUUUCUCCACACCUUCAAACCGCACUUCCCCUCAGUCCCGCCGUCCGUUUUCUAGCACAGCCGUUAAUUCAGGCAAUUGGCUUCUGCCUACAUUACCAGAAAAGAAGAGAUCGCGGAAGGGUAGACCUCGUGUACCAACUGGAGGAUCAGCUAGAGGUACGACUUUAGUUUGGGGUGAAUAUGGUUUGCGAAUGUGCGAUCAUCAUCGCCGUGUUAGUGCGCAGCAAUUGAAGGUUGGAGAGGAUGCUAUUAAGGUCAGACUGAAGGGUAUGAGGUAUCGAUUGUACAAAAGAGUUGCUGCUCAAAUUGGUGUGUAUAGCAGUGGUAAUGAGGUUCGUCAAGGUAAAGGAAAGGGUUCCUUUGAUCACUGGGCUUCGAGAAUUGCUGUAAGCAAGAUUAUUUUCGAGUUGAAGGGAGAUGUGCACGAACAGGUAGCAAGAGAUGCGUUUAGAUUAGCAGGCAACAAGAUGCCAGGUCAAUAUGAGUUUGUCAAGAAGGGGGACCCUCCGGUUGUUGGAAUUACGAAGCUAGAUGGGAUUACUUUGGAGGAGUUGAAGAGACCAAGAAGAAAGAUACCAUUAGACUCGAUACCUGUCGGUUCUACUGCCGAAACUACACCUAGUGUGUCCACAUCCACCUCACCGGAUGCGUAG